AUGUUCGCGAGCCGGGCUUCCGGUUGCCUCAGCUUCAUCUGUUGCGCACUUCCUGCCCGCGCUCUACAGAGUACUUUGAAUUGGGAUAUCGCGCGGAAGUUCUGGUUUACAUUCCUUUUCUUGACGGUCAUUUGUGCGAAAUUACUCCAUAUAUACGCUCAUUGGGACUCAGUACCACUGAACAAGUUGAUUCUGUGGGGCUCUACAUUCUUUCUACAAGACUUUUUCUUCCUGCUUGCUGGAUAUGCGUUGACGCAAAAUUUCAAAUGGAGAAUUACGCGCAUUCUAGCGGGAUUGGUGGUAGUAUGCACUAGUCUCAUACUUUCCGUAAUGGCGGCUGCGAACACAUCCUUCUUUGUCCUUACGGGCGCGGAAAUUCAUUGGCGCCAAGCAGGUUCCUUUAACGCCGAUCCCGCCGCUGUCAACACCCUGCUCACUGGUUUGACGGGGCUCGGUAUUGUCGAAGCAUUGCUUUUGGUUGCGUCCAUCUUCAUUUCUCCAUAUCCGUAUAACGGGAUGGAAGCUUUAGUCGGUGUCUGGGGUCGUAUCGCCGUGGCAGUGUGGAGACCUACAUCGGAGGCAGCCAAGCCGAAGGUGGAGGCUUUGUUGAUUCGGUACCAGCCGGUGAUAGAGCGUGUUCUGAGUCGAACCGCUCGCGGCAGAGAGAUCUUCGCAAACAUGAAGAUCUAUGAGCCGGUUGCACUGAGCGAUUAUGACGAAGAGGAUAAAUUUGUCUCCAACUCGGCUCCGCUACUCGACGAACCAGCACAGGAUGCCCAGUCCAUUAAUAUGGAACAAUGGGGCCAUGCGCGGGCGUUCAAGACAGCAAUCAAGACGGCGCUUAUCAUUGUGGUCACCCUCUUCAUUCUCAUUUUGCGAUGCUUCCGUCCAGCAAAUGAAUCAUAUGGGUUCCUCUCUCAGACCAUUUUCCUAUCUCCAUUCAGUGGCGUCGACUCGCAAACCAAACUGGCGGGUAUCACCGAGGAGCGCGAAUUGCUUGGCAAGCUGACUGCUUUGACUACGCCCCCGAAGUUCGACUGGUUCCCAGAGGGUAACUGGCCUGGCUUUAGAGACUGGGAACUUUCUGCCGACGGAGAGUUCGAGCACAAGCAUUAUAAUUCGACUGAGGAUCCCAUUCACAUCUCCAACUUGGACCUGGAUGUGCUCGAGCCUCUUCGUGCGGUCCUCAAAAGCAAGGACUUCAAGAUCAAACAUGUGCUUGUCUUCAAGAUGGAAAGCACUCGAUUCGAUGUAUUCCCGCUGCGAAAGGGCACAUAUAUGCACGACCGCAUUUUGGACUCGUACGAGGAUAGGAGGAUCCCGCAAGAUGUCCAGAAGCGCCUGGAUAAUCUUACUGAAACUGCCGAGCGUCUCACAGGUACAGAGUCUGGUUUUCGCGAGAACGGAACGGUGAAACCGUACGGUGGUAUCUAUGCUACCAACUCAUACACUGCCGGAACCUUCACAUUGAAGAGUAUCGAAGGAACGACUUGCGGCCUUUCGCCAUUAGUCAUGGAUUUCAACCACGAAUACGAGCACCACAUUUACCAACCCUGCAUGCCGCAUAUCCUUGACGUCCUCAGUGCCAGCACAAACGACAGCACCAGUGCCGACUUCACCAACUGGCCAUGGCGACCACGAUUCAUGCAGUCGAUUACCGAUUCGUACGAUCACCAGGACCGUCUCACACCUGCUCUGGGAUUCAAGCCCGAGAACAUUUUGACUGUCGAGUCGAUUGAUAAGGAACACGUUAACGAUACGUCAUUCCACGGCGAAAAGUUCAAUUUCUGGGGAUACCCUGAUCAUGACCUGGCCAGUUAUUUCCGGGAUGCUAUCACCCACGCGGAGGAGAAUCAUGAGCGACUUUUCAUUGAGCACCUGACUGGGUUGACUCACCACCCGUGGGAUACACCCGGCAAGAACUAUUCGGAGCUUAUCAGCUCUUCUUGGGGCGGAAACAACGAGGAUGUUAACAAAUAUCUCAACACGAUCGGUAUCAACGAUAAAUGGUUCGGUACCGUGCUGGAUAUCCUCGAGGAGACCGGUGUUGCGAAUGAGACCCUCGUUAUCAUGACAGGCGACCAUGGUCUCUCCCUUCUUGAGGAUAACAGCAUCACUCCCUACGAUAACCCGCACGUCGCCAACUUCCACGUCCCACUUGUUAUCUCUCACCCCCACCUCCCCCCAAUCCAAAUUAACUCCUCAACGACUUCGAUUCAAAUCCUCCCCACAAUCCUUGAUCUCCUCCAACAAUCUGAAUCAGUCUCCCAAAAGAGCGACAAGGCCAUAAAAUCUCUCCUCCCCCUUUACGAAGGCCAAUCCCUAAUCCGCCCCAUCAUCGCCUCAAACGACCAAACCCGAAACUGGCAGUUCACAGUCAUGAACACCGGCGGCUCAAUGGUCGCCAUGCGCUCCGCCUCGGAACCAUACAGACUCAUCGUCCCGCUUGUGCCAGAGGUGGAGUGGCGAUUCACUGAAAUCGAGUCCGAUCCACAUGAGAAGAAACCGAUGAAGUCAUUUGAUUUGGAGUCUCUCAAAUCUGGUGUGGCGAUGCGGCAUGGAUCUGAUGCAGUUCAGUGGCUUAAUGAGGCCGCAAGGGCUGCGCAGUGGUGGGUUAGUGAUAAUUGGAGGCGGUAUGAAUAUUCGCCGUGA